AACGUCGGCGGCGGCAGUCGCGUUCGUUGGCGUUUGGAGCUGCGAGCUCGGUGCACAAAGUAGGGAGGAGAGCUCGCUCGCUGUUUUCGGCCGGAGUCAUCGAAGAGUAGUGUGUCGUGAUCGCGAACGAAUGCGGCACGGCAUGGCCUAACAACGGGACAGAAACACAGACGCUUUAGUGUGUUGUCCAGCGUCGAGUGAAAAAGAGCGUCCGCGAACAUUCGAGGAGUAAAGAGCUCUGAACCGCAGAGAAAGAGAGAGAGAGAGAGAUAGACAGACAGACAGACGGAGAGCAGUUUGGCGCGCGCGUUCGUUGCGAGAGUAGAGAUAGAGAAAGACAGACCAAGCCAACUGAUAUUUAAUCGUUGUCGGGGAAUUCCGCACGGAAUAGUUUGUUGUUAUUGCUCUGGUUUUGUGUGAUCAAAUCAUCGUCUCUGGGAGAAGAUGGCGGACGGGGACUCGAGGGCGGACCGUUCGGACCCAGAGUUACGUAUCCUCUCGGUGGAUCGCAAUAGUUUCAACGACCCGGCGACCCAAGCCGAGUGGACACAAAAGAAGCUGGUAUGGGUGCCAUCGGAGAAUCAAGGUUUCGUCGCGGCGUCAAUCAAGGGCGAACGCGGCGACGAGGUAGAAGUGGAAAUCGUGGAGACCGGCAAGCGUGUUCUCGUCGCCAAGGAUGAUAUCCAAAAGAUGAACCCACCGAAAUUCGACAAAGCCGAGGAUAUGGCUGAGCUCACAUGCCUCAACGAGGCAUCAGUGCUGCACAACCUCAAGGACAGAUACUACUCAGGACUUAUCUACACGUACUCGGGGCUGUUCUGCGUGGUGGUGAACCCGUACAAGAAGCUGCCCAUCUACACGGAGAAGAUCAUGGAGAGGUACAAGGGCAUCAAGCGACACGAGGUGCCGCCGCACGUGUUCGCCAUCACCGACACCGCCUACCGCUCCAUGCUGCAAGAUCGCGAGGACCAGUCGAUCUUGUGUACCGGCGAGUCAGGCGCCGGCAAGACCGAGAACACCAAGAAAGUCAUCCAGUAUCUGGCUUACGUUGCUGCAUCGAAACCCAAAUCAAAUGCCUCCCCCAGCCCGGCGAUAUUGAUAAGCUCUGGGACUGGUUCCGACAAAUUUGCGGGCGAACUAGAGCAACAACUUCUUCAAGCGAAUCCCAUUCUCGAGGCCUUUGGUAACGCUAAGACUGUGAAAAAUGACAAUUCAUCACGUUUCGGUAAAUUCAUCAGGAUCAAUUUCGACGCGUCGGGUUACAUCGCUGGUGCGAACAUCGAAACGUACCUCUUGGAAAAAUCACGUGCCAUCCGCCAGGCCAAAGAUGAAAGAACUUUCCACAUAUUUUACCAGCUGCUUGCCGGUGCCUCGCCAGAACAGAAGAAAGAAUUCAUUUUGGAAGAUCCAAAACUCUAUCCAUUCCUUUCGUGUGGUGCAUUACCGGUGCCAGGUGUCGAUGAUGCAGCAGAAUUCCACUCGACGGUGAAAGCCAUGAACAUCAUGGGAAUGACCAACGACGAUUUUCAUGCGAUAUUUCGCAUUGUCUCGGCGGUGAUGCUCUUUGGUUCGAUGCAGUUCCGUCAAGAGCGUAAUUCCGAUCAAGCAACCCUUCCCGAUAACACCGUUGCUCAAAAGAUUUCACAUUUGUUAGGAUUGAACGUCACAGAGAUGACAAAGGCAUUCUUGAAGCCAAGGAUCAAAGUUGGCAGAGAUUUCGUCACCAAGGCACAGACUAAAGAACAAGUUGAAUUUGCCGUUGAAGCGAUCUCAAAGGCUUGCUACGAGAGAUUAUUCCGCUGGUUGGUCAAUCGAAUCAAUCGAUCGCUCGACAGAACGAAGAGGCAGGGAGCCAGUUUCAUUGGUAUUCUCGAUAUGGCUGGUUUUGAGAUAUUUGACCUAAAUUCGUUUGAGCAACUGUGCAUCAACUACACAAACGAGAAGCUGCAGCAGCUGUUUAACCACACGAUGUUCAUCCUUGAGCAAGAGGAGUAUCAGCGCGAAGGAAUCGAGUGGAAAUUUAUCGACUUUGGCCUGGACCUACAACCAACUAUUGAUUUGAUCGACAAACCCAUGGGUAUCAUGGCUUUACUCGAUGAGGAAUGUUGGUUCCCCAAGGCAACCGACAAGACUUUCGUGGAAAAACUCGUCGGUGCUCACCACGUUCAUCCCAAGUUCGUUAAGACUGACUUCCGAGGUGUCGCUGAUUUUGCUAUCAUCCAUUACGCUGGAAAAGUCGACUAUUCGGCUGAAAAGUGGCUCAUGAAAAACAUGGAUCCACUCAACGAGAACGUCGUCAGUCUUCUUCAAGCAUCUCAAGAUGCCUUUGUUUGUCACAUAUGGAAGGAUGCUGAGAUCGUUGGUAUGGCUCAGCAACUUACUGAUACUCAGUUUGGCGCAAGAACGCGCAAGGGUAUGUUCCGUACCGUCAGUCAACUCUACAAGGAGCAGCUUGCUAAACUCAUGGUUACUCUGAGAAAUACGAAUCCUAAUUUCGUAAGGUGUAUCAUUCCUAAUCACGAGAAAAGAGCCGGCAAGAUUGAUGCUCCACUUGUACUCGAUCAACUCAGGUGCAACGGUGUACUCGAGGGUAUCAGAAUUUGCAGACAAGGUUUCCCCAACAGAAUUCCAUUCCAAGAGUUCAGACAGAGAUACGAGCUGCUUACGCCGAAUGUGAUUCCCAAGGGUUUUAUGGACGGCAAGAAAGCUUGCGAAAACAUGAUUCAAUCCCUGGAGUUGGAUCCCAACCUCUACCGUGUUGGACAAUCAAAGAUUUUCUUCCGUGCUGGUGUGCUAGCCCAUCUCGAAGAGGAGCGCGACUACAAGAUCACCGACUUAAUUGUUAAUUUCCAAGCAUUCUGCCGUGGUUUUUUGGCACGACGCAACUACCAGAAACGUCUUCAACAGUUGAAUGCUAUUCGUAUCAUCCAGAGAAAUUGCGCUGCUUAUCUGAAACUUCGUAAUUGGCAGUGGUGGCGUUUGUACACAAAGGUCAAGCCACUGUUGGAAGUGACAAAACAAGAAGAGAAGCUUACGCAAAAGGAAGAUGAACUCAAACAGGUCCGUGAUAAGUUGGAGAUGCAGUUGCAUUCGGCACAAGAAUACGAGAGAAAGUAUCAGCAGGCACUCGAGGAAAAGACCAUGCUCGCUGAACAAUUACAAGCUGAGGUGGAAUUGUGUGCCGAGGCUGAAGAAAUGCGAGCUAGGUUGGCUGCCAGGAAGCAGGAACUCGAAGAGAUCUUGCAUGAUUUAGAAGCAAGGAUCGAAGAGGAAGAAGAGAGAACCUCAGCAUUGAUGCAAGAGAAGAAGAAACUGCAGUUAAAUAUUAGUGACUUGGAGGAGCAGUUGGAAGAAGAGGAAGCUACGAGGCAAAAGUUGCAGUUGGAAAAGGUCCAAUGUGACGCGAAGAUAAAGAAGCUGGAAGAAGAUUUGGCUUUGUCAGAAGAUACAAAUCAAAAACUUGUCAAGGAGAAGAAACUACUCGAAGAAAGAGCCAAUGAUUUGUCACAAGCUUUGGCUGAGGAAGAAGAAAAAGCUAAGCACUUAGCUAAGCUGAAGAUGAAGCACGAAGCGACGAUAGCUGAUCUCGAGGAAAGAUUAUUAAAGGACCAUCAACAGCGCCAAGAAGUUGAUAGAUCAAAGAGGAAAGUCGAAACCGAAGUGCAAGAUUUAAAGGAGCAGUUGACAGAGAAAAAAGGACAGCUCGAAGAGUUGCAACUAUUGAUCGGUAAGCGCGAAGAGGAACUGACUCAAGCGCUGACGAAGAUCGACGAGGAAAGUGCCAUUAAAGCUCAGUCGCAGAAAGCUCUCCGCGAACUUGAAUCUCAACUCGUCGAAUUGCAAGAAGAUCUCGAGGCUGAGAAGAUCGCCAGAAGCAAAGCAGAGAAGCUCAAAAGAGAUCUUAACGAAGAACUUGAAGCUCUUAAAAAUGAACUACUAGACUCUCUCGACUCCACGGCUGCGCAACAAGAACUUCGUAGUAAGCGUGAGCAGGAGUUAGCUAACCUCAAAAAGAAUCUUGAGGAAGAAGCUGCACUUCACGAAACUACCCUUCAAGAGAUGCGUCACAAGCACAUGCAGGAACUGACGACAAUAAAUGAGCAGAUGGAUGCUCUCAAGAAAACCAAGGCUGCUCUUGAAAAAGCUAAAGGUGCCCUUGAAGCUGAAAAUGGUGAACUCACCCAAGAGCUUCGCUCAGUCAGCGCAAGUCGUCAGGAAUCUGAUCGUAGACGCAAACAAGCGGAACAGCAACUCGUCGAGGUUAAUGCUAAGCUGAUGGAAAUUGAAAGUGUCAGGCAGGAACUUGCCGAGAAAGUUGCUAAGCUGCAAGCUGAAGCUGAAAAUGUCUCUCAGCAACUUGAAGCUGCCGAACUCAAAGCUUCCGCGGCAAUGAAGGCAUCGGCUACGUGCGAAUCUCAAUUUACUGAGUUACAACAGCAACUCGAAGAGGAGACUAAGCAGAAGUUAGCGCUUAGCUCCAAACUCAGACAACUCGAGAGUGAAAAGGAAGCUCUCAGGGAUCAAAUUGACGAGGAGGAAGAAGCUAAACGUGCUCUUGAGAAGCAAGUUCUUGCUUUGAACACACAAUAUACUGAGGCAAAGAAACGUGCUGACGAGGAGAGCGAAGCUGCUGCUCAGCUUGAGGAGGCCAGAAAGCGUCUAGUGAAGGAUAUUGAAGCUCUGCAACGCCAGGUUGAAGAAUUACAAGCUGCCAAUGAAAAGCUUGAUAAGUCCAAGAAGAAGAUUCAAGCGGAACUUGAAGACAUGACGAUCGAGCUGGACUUGCAGCGAGCUAAAGUUAUCGAACUCGAGAAGAAGCAGAAGAAUUUUGACAAAGUCCUUAUGGAAGAAAAAGCCAUAUCCAUGCAGUAUGCAGAACUUCGAGAUGCUGCUGAACGUGAAGCCCGUGAGAAGGAAACUAAGGUGCUGUCGUUAACUCGUGAACUCGACGAACUCAACGACAAAGUCGAAGAACUGGAGCGUGGCCGUAAGAGUUUGCAAGCUGAACUUGAUGAGCUCGUUAACAAUCAAGGCACUGCUGACAAGAACGUUCACGAACUUGAAAAAGCUAAACGACUUCUUGAAUCGAAGAUCGCCGAGCAGCAAGCUCAAGUAGAGGAACUCGAGGAUGAAUUACAAUGUACGGAGGACGCUAAGCUACGACUCGAGGUUAAUAUGCAGGCCAUGAGAACACAGUUCGACCGAGAGUUGCAAGCUAAGGAGGAGCAAGCCGAAGAGAAGCGACGAGGACUUGUCAAACAGCUUCGUGAUUUGGAAGCUGAAUUAGAGGACGAAAGGAAACAGAGAUCAGCUGCGAUAGCUCAGCGCAAAAAGAUCGAAGCAGACUAUAAAGACAUGGAGCAACAACUUGAGAUGCACAACAAAGUUAAAGAAGACGCUCUGAAGCAGUUAAAAAAACUUCAGACCCAAAUUAAAGACUGUACGAGAGAAACUGAAGAAGCUAGAGCUGCCAGAGAUGAACUGGCUGCCUCAUCAAAAGAACUUGAGCGUAAAGUCAAAGGCCUUGAAGCUGAUGUUAUGCAGAUGACUGAGGAUCUGACUAGCAGUGAGCGCGCACGACGAGUUGCAGAGACCGAGAGAGAUGAGCUUCAAGAGGAGAUUAACAACAAUGCUAACAAAGGCACGAUUCUACUCGACGAAAAACGACGCUUGGAGGCUAGGAUUGCCACACUCGAGGAGGAACUUGAAGAGGAACAGUCUACGAAUGAGGUUCUCAUGGAUCGCGCGCGUAAAGCUCAGCUAGCGAUCGAACAAAUGACUACGGAUUUACAAACCGAGCGCUCGGCAGCCCAAAAGAUUGAGUCUCAUCGCUCGCUCCUUGAACGUCAAAACAAGGAGCUUAAAGCCAAACUGGCCGAGCUUGAGACAGCUCAACGAGCUAAAUCGAAAGCCACGAUUCAAGCACUCGAGAGUAAGAUUAACAACUUGGAAGAGCAAGUCGACACAGAAACCAAGGAGAGGUUCGCUCAGCAGAAACUAAACCGUAAGCUCGACAAGAAGGUCAAGGAAUUGGUCCUGCAAGUGGAGGAUGAAAGAAGGAACGCCGAGCAGUACAAGGAACAAGUUGAGAAGGUCAACAAUAGGAUGAAGAGCUUGAAGAGGCAACUCGAUGAAGCUGAGGAAGAGAUCAGCAGGCACAAGGCAUCCAAGAGGAAGCAACAGAGAGAAAUGGAAGAUAUGAUGGAGUCGCAAGAAGUUCUCACGAGAGAAGUCGCGAAUUUGAAAAAUAAACUGAGGCGUGGUGGUCAACCAAUGGGAGGCCUUGGAUCAGCAAGACUGAAAAGAACCUCGAUGCAGACUGGCGGUUCAGGUGAAGAUUCAGCAACACAAGACGAGAGCAUAGAUGUUAGAGAGGAGAUUGUUAACUGAAUCCAAUAAACUUUUUGACGGAAAUCACCGGCGAGAAAGACGCGCAUAAUGAACGCUCUCACACCAUAUAAAACAAUCUUCGAUCAUAUCGUCCGGGUUUCCAAAAACAAACAAAUGAAAAUCGUAUAGGCUUCCAGGGUAAUUCUUUCGUGUCCCCUCAGUAGGAGAUAUAUAUCAUUAUGUAAGCGUAUAUUACGAAUAUACUAGUUUUUCCCCAGUUGCCAUCGAGAGUGAGUUUGAGAGAAAAAGAGAGUAAGAGUUUUCUUUUGUGAGAGGGAAUAAUGUACAUAAACUUACAACAAUAUCAGAAGAGACCGUAGAACGGUUUAUUACACGAAGGACGCGUGCGCGCGCGAGAAGCUUUGCCUUGGUCGGGCUUCGGAUGAGUCAAAUGCGCGAUUAUCCGUUGUCCUGUCGAGGUCGUCGCGAUAAGAUGAUGAGGAAUUUUUUUGAAAAUGAAAAAACGUUUAUAAUCCUGUAUAACACUGUAGGUAGUGCUAAGACAUUUUCAUUAUUAUAAAAAAUUGUAUUAUUACUAUUAUUAUUACUAUUACUACGUUAUUACUUGCAUACGCAAAAAAGUUUUUAGAUAACACGCAAGACACGACGAGACGAUUUAUUUUUUGUUCUGACGAGCAGAGCAGACACAUGUAGAAGCUUUCGCUUGUUUUUCUAUCUUUCGCGCUUAGACAAGCUAAUAAAGUUACUUAAAGAAAGAAAAAAGCGUUCUCUCUUCGGGGUGUACUUAAAGUUACUGAUGGGUGACGGCGUGCUGAUGACUAUUUUUUUAAAUUGAAAUUACUACAAGGAGGUUCUCUUGAAUAAUCACGUCAAUUUCUCGCGCGUUCGAUCCCUUUUUUACGAGCAUUUUUCACACUAAAUUUCGUCUGUAUUUAAUACAAAAAAGCAUUUACAAUAUUUGUACAAGUAUUUAUACAAUGAUAUAUUUUUUGACGAGUAAAAUCAACUAACGGACAUCGAUUUAUAAUGCAAUUAUAACGAAACUUCCUCUAUUUCCCCAGGUAAUCGUAUCUAAUGUAACUAGGGCCUUAUCACGAUUAAAUACACGUAACGAAGUUAACAGGAAUUGUGCGUAACGUUGCAGGACCGUUUCGAAAACAAGAAGAGCUCCUCGACUAAUUUUGUACAUACGAGUUGAUUAUUAGCACGAGAUAAAGUGUAUCACCUCAUUUUGUUGCCCGAGCUUUUUAGCGUUUUGAUUGAUAAAUGCUGAGCUUUGAUUACUUUGCCGUCUCGUUUUAUAACACCGUACUACGAGCGACUAAUUGAGGUGCACUUUGAAACGGAAAAAUAUACAAGUAAUAAUCAAACAUUGGGAACGAUUUAUGAAUGAGUUUUGAUACAUUUUAUACGACCAAACAUAUACGCGAUUGCACGCGCGCGCAGAUUAUACAGAUGAUUUGAAUUUUUGGAAAUAAGAGAUGAUAUAAUAAUA